CUGUUUGUAUUAUUUUCUGUAUACAACUUUGAGAAAAGUGCAUAAGGCAAAAUGCAAUUCGUUUAAAUUGUGUGAAUUUGUGUAAUAAUACAUAUUAAAAUAUUGUAUAAAGUGCUAGAAAAUGUCACAGGUGACAUCGUCCACGACACAGAGUGCCGCUGCCAUUCAAGCGGGCAGUAGGCGUUUGCAAAACAACGAUGCAGGCGUUUGCGUGGGCGUCGGUGGUGUUGGCUAUGGCGAAACUGAAUGGGAGGCACGCGAGUCGCAGCGCCAGCGAGAGCUGCACGAAGCGCGCGCCAGAGCUGCACAGAUGGAAAAGACAAUGAAGUGGUGGUCCGAUUGCACUGCCAACUGGCGAGAGAAAUGGAGUAAGGUUCGCAACGAGCGGAAUAAAGCGCGCGAGGAGUCUAAGCAAUUGAGUCUUAAACUGGACGCAGCGAUGAAGGAGGCACACUCUUUAAAACGGGAGAAAAAUGAUCUGGAAGUGCAGAUAACUCAGCUAAAGAAGGAGAUGGAAAAGGUGCACACACUGAUGAUGAAACAUGCUGGACAGUUUCAUCGUGCGGACACCAAUGAGGAUGCAGAAGCAAAUGGACGUGAUGCAAACUGUUCGCCGGACAUCUCAUCCGAUGGCCUAAAGAAUGUCAAUAGCGAAGACGGGCUGGUCACCAAACUGCCGAACGAUGUCAAAGAUUUGGAUAUUGAAGAGUUUGCAUUAAAGGGCGCCAUGCCCAAGCAUUUGAGUGAUUUGGAUGAAGCUGAGGCCGUUGCAGAGGAAAAACGUCUAAUACAGCAAUUGUCCAAAGAUGAUUUUGAUGAGGAUUACUUGCUGCAAAAGAUAUCCAUGUUGCAAUUGCGAUUGGAUGAGGCACAAAAGACAUUGCAAGCAGAGCGAGAUGAAAAGCAUGAGCUGCACAAGAGCAUAGAGAAACUGGCGCUGGAACUACAGGAUGUGCGCGGCAGACAGGAGGAGUUACGCUCUGCCAAGCAGGAGGCAGUGCGAGAGCUACUCACACUGCAGGAGCAACAUCGUGCCGAGAUGCGCAUCGUUAACAACUCGCUGCAAGAAGAAAUUGCAGCUCGCGAGAACCUGGAGCGUCGUCUCAGCGAGCUGCGCACCGAGCUUGAGCAUUUGCAGGCAGAGAAUGCAUCGGAGUGGGGCAAACGCGAACGUUUGGAGUCUGAAAAGUUAGCACUGGAGCGCGACAAUAAGAAAUUGCGAGCUGAACUGCGCGAUUAUCAGGAGCGUUCGGAUCGCAAAUGCCGCCCGAUGCAGGCCAACGAUGUGGAGCUACGCGCUCUGCAGCAAGAGCUCUCGGAACGUAAUAAAGAAAUUAGUGAAGUCAAAAUGUCGCAUGCAAAGUUGAAGAAGCUGCUGGCCGAGACCAAUACGGAACUGGGUCAUGCCGUGAGACGUGCCGAACAAUACGAAGCGGAGGUAAAACGCUUGCGUCAGCGUGUGGAGGAGCUGAAACGUGAGCUGGCCGGCGCUGAGGACGAGCUGGACUCGGCCGUAAAUCAGGUGCGACGCCUGCAGCGCAGCAAUGACGAGCUGGUGGGUCAGACAGAGGGGCUGCAGGUGCAAAUACAGCAUUUGCAAAACAGACGCGCACCAAGUCCACAGUUGCGUGGCAUUGGCGGCGUUCAGCUGCGCAACAAAAUUGCCGUUGAGCUGCCCAGCGAGUGUUUGCCGAACAUCAAUGAUCUGCGCCAGAUCUUCGAUGAUGGCCAGGCGGGUUUGCGCAGCUCGCACAAUGGCUGCGAUUCGGCGGCAGUGCAUCAUGCGGCUGCCGCAAAGCGUUCCAGCCAUACAGAGCGCACGCUCCUGCAGCAACAGCAAAGCAAUGCGGCGGCAGCAGCUGCUGCAGCUGCAGCAACUGGUUAUUACGAUGCGAAGACAUCGCAUUUCGAGGAUAACAUUUUCGAGUCGAAGUCACGCAAUUUGGAAUUUGAGCGUGCCAAGCAAAAGUUUGAUAAUCCACAUGGACAGCAACAACAGCAGCAGCAUCAGCUGCAUCAGCAGCAUUUGCAACAACAACAGCAGCAGCAGCAGCGUCAGCGCAGCUCAUCUGCUCGCUAUAAUAGCAACACGAGCAGCAGCAACGGAGGCAAUCGAGCCAAUCUGGCUUUGCCUCUGAAAUGCAUGACAAACACAUCCCAAAAGGAUGUCGAUGCGAAUAGACAGCAGUAUGAGUCGCAGGAUAAGGAGCAAACCCAUGCGGGCUAUGCGCGCAAUAGUAUUAAUUUAGAUGGUCUCAAGGUAUCCGACGAUGAGACUCCGUAGCUAUGGCUCGACAAGUUUGCUGCUGGACGAUGAAACUGAGGGAAAUAGCGAUUGAUACUUAAUUUUUUAUAUAUAUAUAUUAAGCAUAUAUAUAAUAUUUUACAUUAACCAUUACUUUAAGUCUUUCAACAUUGAUCUUAGGCUAUGACUUGCUGUCCACUAUUUGUUUUUAGAGUGUUCCUUGUUUGUUUAUGUAUAUUU